AUGGGCGUGUUGCAAGUGAUUGCAAAUAUAAAUGAAAAAAAGAAAGCGGUUCCUCAAGUUCCUCCAGCGUUUGUUCAGUCCAUUCGUACACUCUAUCACUCCCAACAGUUUCCGGUACAGCCUGCUUCUGGUUUUCCUCAACAUUCUCCAUUCACUCACUCCCAGUCAUUGACAGCACAUUCUACACCAUCCUUUACGCAACUUCUUCCUACUCAGCCUUCAUUGACUAGUAAUCAGUGUACGCAAUCAGCACGACAGUAUUAUCAAGAUUGCGGCCAGUCAUCAGGAAUGUCCUCCCCAAUGACGGAUCCGAGGGAGAGCUCGACUCCACUUCCUCAGGACUCUUGCACAACGAUGAUGCCGUUUUGUUUAAUCAACCACGUGCAGUCACACACAACUCAAUUCUCAACAGACAGAGCGCCGCAGGCGCCGCUGAAUUCUGCUCACACUCACGCUAUCCCCCCGGAAGCGAGACGUAGUACCAUAGAAUAA